CGUCACCAGAACCUCUCGCAUAUCCCAUCACCAUCCAGGCUGGUCCAUCAUUCGCUCUCGCGACCCAUCGGCCCUCUGGAUUCGACCACUUCCCCUGUCUUUGUUUGGCAGUUUUCUUGCCUUUUGUUCUUCUUGACAAUCAUUCGUCGCACCCCUCUUGUCGUGCAUCUCAAUCCACAAACCACACUCGCUGACCGAAAUCCCGCCUUUCUCCGCCACCCCAACCACUAACCACUAAACCAAACCAACCGCUCACCUCCUUCACCGUCAGCCAACAACUCUCGACCCUCAUUUGCGACCAAGUCCAUCAGAUCGCCCAUCGAGCUCGCGCCAAGUCGCCAUCCGCAUCCUUGAUCGCGUUUCGUCCUUGAAUCCAUCUCGAUGGCAUCCAAGGCGGCCACCAAGCGGCUCACGCUUGAGUACAAGGCUAUCGCCAAGAACCCCCCGCCAUACAUCACGGCACAUCCCUCAGAGUCCAACAUCCUAGAGUGGCACUACAUCAUCACGGGCCCCGAGGAUAGUCCUUACCAUGGUGGCCAGUACUGGGGAACGCUCAUCUUCCCGCCCAACUACCCGUUCGCGCCUCCCGCGAUCCGCAUGCACACGCCCUCGGGCCGCUUCCAGCCGUCGACGCGCCUCUGCCUCUCCAUCUCAGACUUCCACCCGCGCACCUUCAACCCGGCCUGGGAGGUCUCGACCAUCCUCAUCGGCCUCCUCUCCUUCAUGACGUCGGAGGAGAUGACUGCGGGCUCCGUCUCGGCCACGGAUGCAGAGCGCAAGUUCCACGCCUCGCGUUCACGCUGGUGGAACUCGACCGGUGGCGGUACGCACGGCCGCUCCUCAGGCCCGGGCCAGAAGAACAACGUCAGGGCCGGCGAUGGCGGCUUCAAGUUCCGAUCCGAGUGGCCCGAGGUCGACACCGAGAACUGGGAGUGGAUCCGUAAGAACGAUGUCGACCCUGCCACCGGCCAAAAGGCUUCGGCCGCCCCCACUUGUGGUCCUCAGCUCGGCAUCGCCGCUGGCGCUAGCGGCCACCAGACCCAGGCUGUCGUCGACGCCAUGGUCCAACGGAGGGAGGCCGGCCAGGGCUGGCUGUGGCACCACAACAAGUUCGUCCUCGCACUUGUCUUUGUCUUCGUCUACGUUCUCAUCGCCCGGCUUCUUGGUUCAGGCACCAAGUGAGCAGGAGGGGUCUGGGCAUCUUUUGCGUGCCAUUGAGCCUAUUGUUCUGGUCCCUGCGAGUGCUUUUCAAAGGCGUUGAUGGCGAACGCCACCGACGUCUGGGAAAGCAUAACCCCGGAUCCGGGCCUCGCACCAUCCUUUCAGUCUUCUUCCAUUUGUCUUACCCUAUCAACCUUUUGUGUGGCGUCUCGCCGGAUCUUGUCGAUUUUCCCACGCAUAUUUUCGGGUUUCAUGUUUCUUCGCAACACCGCAUCUCGGUUGGUUUUACUCUCUUCUGUAUUGGGUCGCAGGGCGUUCAGAGUGGCAAGAUCAAAGGAGAACACAUUUGAGGAAUCAAUGGCAUAUAGUCCGCCAAGGCAACAAGUGAUCCUUCUGCAUG